CGCGCCUCGUUGCUCUGGGAGUGGUCCUGGCCGCGUACGCAGUUUCCAUGGGGACCGAAGAUGGCGCCGCGAGGUGAGAUCCCCGAGGCAAACGGUUGUCCUCUACCCCCCUGGAAAUUCUGCUGUCGCUCAACCGGUGGUAUUUCGCCGCCUACUUCUUGCUGGAGCUCUUCAUCUUUCUGUACAAAGGUCUGCUGCUCCCGUAUCCCACAGCCAACCUAGUGCUGGAUGUAGUGAUGCUCCUCCUGUAUCUCGGAAUCGAAGUCAUUCGGCUUUUUUUCGGUUCAAAGGGAAACCUCUGCCAACGCAAGGUGCCACUUGGUAUUAGUGUGGCCUUGACCUUCCCGUCUGCCACCAUGGCCUCCUAUUACCUGCUCUUGCAGACCUACGUGCUCCGCCUGGAAGCCAUCCUCAACUGCAUCUUGCUCUUCUUCUGUGGCUCGGAGCUGCUACUCGAGGUGCUUACCCUGGCUGCGUUCUCCAGUAUGGACAGGAUUUGAAGCACUAAUGUUUCAGCCAGUAGUCCUCAGGAGCUGAGACACGGCAGGCAGGUCUUUAGCCAUGCCAGUAAGACGUGACAAGUCCUGCUGGCCUGGGGAAGGCCACUGCUUCUCCUCAGCACAGAUGUUUGGGCAGCAAAGCCAGUGUCAGGCCGCUGCACUGCAAGUUCUCCACCAAGAGCCUGAGAAGAGACUCUUUUGCCCUCCAGGAUAGGGCGGGGCAAGGCUGGCCCCAUCCUCGCCCUAUCUAGAAACCAAAUCCCUGCUGACCUCACACUGUCCUCUUUGAUCAUGGCCAGAACAUCUCUGGGGACCACACAAGCUCCUUGGGCUUUCAGCAGGACCAAGCCAUGUGCUCGUCACAUGGUAUGUGUGACAUACUUGUCACACGGACGGUGCUCCCAGAACGGCGUGGAUGCCUCGUCAUCCCUCCAAGACUGAGCUCCAGAGCUUUCAGUAACUCAGUUAUUUUUCUAGCCUCAUCAUGAAGCCUUCCUAAUUUUAUAAUAAAUACAUAUUUUCUCUUGCGAGG